AUGAGUAAUCUGCAAUUCGCUUGCAAUGUCUGCAAUGUGCGGUGUGAUACUGAAAAUGUUCUCAGAUUACAUGAACAAGGCAAAAGGCAUCGUUUAAAAUGCCUUAGUUUGCAAAAAUCUAACUCAACAUUACUGGGUGGCGGUGAUUCAAUGAGUAUUUUCUAUCGAUGUGAACAUUGUGAAGCGAUAGUAUUCAGUUCAGCGAUGCAAGAACAUUUAAACUCUGAAGAGCAUAAAUUGGGAAUUGCCAAAAUCCAUGGAAGCUCAGUAAUAGGUUUCGAUCAUAUCCUUCCACUACGGGAAUAUCGUCGCUCGUGUCAAGAAGUUUUGUGUCCUGUAUGGCCUUCAGUGAAAUUUACUGAUGCGGAGGCUAACCUCUUAAUGGAAGCAGCGAAGAAUGAUGAUGAUUGCAUUUUACUCUUGUCAUCAUGUGAUGGUCGAUCACGUGUUGGCUUACAUUUAGCCAAUGCCCUGUUGAUAGCUAAUCGGCAUUUCCCUCCGUCCAAUAAUUUUGGUAGUGCAUUGAAACCGAGUACUAGUACUACUCCUACUGAUAUUACGUGUGUGCUAUGGAUUGCACCUGAGAAACCAAUGACUACAGCUACAAAUCGUUCUACGUUCAUAUUUCAGCCGGGUGGUGAGAAAAGUUCAACUGGGCGUCCAUUGAUUUUUGCAUAUCCACCGUUCGAUCCGUCAGUCCUAUCAGAAACUGAUAUCGUGAGAACAAAUUCAGGUGGCUUUAUAACACAUUUAGCCUGGUUACUUAUGCAACAGAAGUUUUUAUGCGGUAUCAUUAUCGAGGAUGUAGAAAUCGUAUCUAAAGAUGUAGAGUUUUGUCAAUUGCUCACAUGUUUUCUAAAAGUUUACUCUCGUCAGGCUAAUCGCGGUCGAAUAAUUUGUUUCAAUGAAUCAAAAGUUGAACCUGGCAGUAUAUUCUCGUCUUUCGCACAGUACGAGUAA